AUGAACAAUUUCGAAUAUUUAUCGGAAACUGAAAGAAAGCUUCUGAAUGAAUGUCCUUAUUCUCUAACUCUUACAAUUGAAGAAUUAACAAAGCCUUCCAAGAAAAUUCGCAUUAAUUGUGAUAAACCACCACGACCACAAAACAGUUGGAUUAUCUUUCGAAAAGAUUUUGAAGCUAAUAUACGUCUACGUAGUCCUGGUGUUAAGAAAAAAGUCAAAAUCACAGCAAAUGAAUGCAGCUUAAAGUGGAAAUUGCAAUCAAGUGAAGUCAAGGAUUUUUUCAAAAUAUUGGAGAAAAUAGCUUGUGAGAAUCAUAAGCGUAUAUAUCCUAAUUAUAAAUAUAAACCAAAACAUGCAAAAAAUUCAAACUAUAAAGAAUUUAUUUUUCGAGAACAGAAAAAAUAUGUAUUUUCUUCGUCAGUUAAGUCAAACACAAUAAAUUCUAAUUCACCUCAGGAAGCGAUGCAAAUCGACGGGAUGUCGUCAUCUUUAACUUCAAACUCACCUCAAGAAGUAAUACAAAUCGACAUGUCGCCAUCUUUAGCUUCUAACUCACCUCAAGAUGCAAUAGAAACAGACGGGUCGUCGUCAUCUUUAACUGCCAAUUCACCCCAAGAAAUCAACAGGAUGUUAUCUUUAGCUUUCCACUCACAAAUCAACAGGUUGCCAUUUUUAACUUCCGAUUCACAAAUCAAUGGGUUGUCAUCACUCUCGACAACCAUUGAUAAUCACCAAGAUACGAAUAACUUUACAACAACCCAUAAUCAUCAUCAAGACUAUACUGAUGAUUUUACGAUCAAUGACAAUGUGCUGGACGCAUUUACCACGUAA